AUGGCCGACAACAACGUACUUCAGAAUCCUCGAAGGACGUUGGGAGAUUACAUGACUCCAACCCGAGUACCGCAGACGGCAAGCAUCGUUAGACUAGCCAUGGAUGCUAACAACGUAAUUCAAAAAGAUCAGUUCGCUGGAGGAAGCACCAAAGACCCGUAUACUCAUCUAGAAAAAAAUUUACUAUACUGUGACACUUUAAAGAUGAACGGGGUCUCACGUGACGCCAUCUUUCUUAGACUCUUUCCAUGCUCACUGAAGGAAGAAGCAAGAGGAUGGUUGCGGUCACUGCCUGAAGGAAGCAUCACCAACUGGGAUGACUUCGCAACUAAGUUCUUAGCCAGAUUCUUUUCAGCCUCAAAGAUGGCAAGGCUCAAAGCAGAUAUCAGUGCUUUCGAACAAAAAGAAAGCGAAUCUUUAUAUGAGGCAUGGGAAAGAUUUAAGGGACUACUCCGAAAGUGUCCCCAUCAUGGCAUUAAAGCUUGGGAGAAAGCACGAAUCUUCUUCCAAGGAAUGACGCCAAGUACAAGAACACUGGUGAAUGCUGCAGCAGGAGGAUUGAUGCUUCCCGGCAAGUAUACCGAUCGCACAAAGGAAGCACUGGAAUUGUUAGAGUCUUUAGCAUCUCAGGAGUUCGAUAAUGCUCCAGCACCUCAAAGGAGAGCAGGAAUCAUGAAGCUUGAAGGCUAUGAUGCAAUCUUAGUCCAGAAUGAACAAAUGCUGCAAUUCCAUAAGAAACAACAAGAACAACUUGAUGCUCUCACCAAGCAGUUUGCUAAUUCUCAAGUUUCUUCUACUAAUAGUGCUCAAAUAACGUGUGGUAUUUGUGCAGGUGCUCAUGCUACUGAAGACUGCAAUGCACCCGAAACUAAGGAUGUUAACGGAGUCUGGUACGAUCAAAAGAACCAGAACAAUCAGGGGAGGAACCAAAAUGGAAAUAACUACAAUCCAGGGUGGAUAAAUCCUAACCAACACCCAGGGUUUAGUUACAAAUCAAAUCAUCAGCUGAACCCUUCCCCACCAGUGCAACAACAACCUCCACAAUCAGAGUGGGAGAAAUUAUCAAGGCAGUUCACUGAAAGAGCUCAUGGUACUUUUUCAAGCAACACAGUUGUCAAUCCAAGGGAGCAUUGCAAUGCUAUCACCACUAGGAGUGGGACAGUGAUUCAGCCCAUAGAGGAGCAGCCCGAAGAAAAAAAGAAGGAUGGAGAAGCAUCAGUAGAAGAAGAGAAAGAAGAAAAGGCAAAGGAUACUAUUGAAGUUGACAAAAGCAAUCCUGAAAAACCCGAAAAGAAACUAUUCAAGUGGGAGAAGAAGAAAGCUCUAGAAAGACAAGACAAGCCUUUCGAUCUUUCCCCAUAUGCUCGAAUCCUUUAUCCUCAGAGAUUAAAGAAAGAGAUUCAGAAGCAACAAUGUUCAAAGUUUUUAGACAUAUUCAGGAGAUUGCAGAUCAACAUUCCUUUUGCCGAAGCUUUAGAGAACAUGCCCAACUAUGCAAGGUUCAUGAAAGAUCUAUUAUCAAGGAAACGUAAGUUGCGGGAAUGUGAGACAAUAAAUCUGACGGAGGAAUGUAAUGCUAUCAGCGAAAAGAAGUUACCUACCAAAGUCAAGGAUCCAGGGAGCUUCAGCAUUCCGUGCACUAUAGGAAAAGUGGAAGUGGAUAACAAGCUGGGGAUUACUGAAGUGAAGCCGACAACGACGACAGUGCAAAUGGCUGACCGCUCUUCAAAGCAAGCUUAUGGCAUCAUUGAGGAUAUACUAGUAAAGGUAGUCAAGUUCAUCAUUCCUGUUGAUUUUGUCAUCCUUGACAUUGAAGAAGAUGCCAUUAUUCCUAUGAUUUUUGGAAGACCCUUCUUGGCAACUUCAGGUGCACUAAUUGAUGUACUUAAAGGUGAGCUGAUCUUACGGGUAGACGGAGAGCAAGCAACUUUCAAGUUCUUUGACAAAGAAGUCCCCUCAUUUGUAGCUCAACCGAAAGAUCAAGUCUACUAUAUUGGUGAAAAGAAAGGUGAAGAUGAACACGAUGAGGAGUCUUCUCAAGAAAGUAAGCCAAAAGUUAAGAUGGAGAAACCUGAUAGCAAAGGAAAGCAUGUAAAAGUCAAGUUCAAAGUUCCUGAAACUACUUUACCUCAUCCAUAUGCAGAAGAGCACUAUGGAAGGACACAAUUUACGAAUGAUGGACCUUGGUCAUCACCAAGCUCAUACUUUGAACCACCAUGA